AUGGACAUGAAAAAUGCCUUUCUCAAUGGGGAUCUUUCUGAGGAAGUUUACAUGCAACCUCCACCUAGUUAUGAUCAUCCACCUGGGAAAGUUUGCCAUCUUCAAAAGGCUUUAUAUGGACUUAAACAAGCCUUUAGAGCAUGGUUUGCAAAACUCAGCUCUACAAUCAGCAAAUUGGGUUUCUCUUCUAGCUCUUUUGAUAGUGCUAUUUUUAUUCGCAAGACUUAUAAGGGAUAUACACUUUUGUUAUUAUAUGUGGAUGAUAUGAUUAUCACAGGUGAUGAUUUGCAGGGUGUUAAAGAGGUGCAAAAUUUUCUUUAUACUCAGUUUGAAAUGAAAGACCUUGGUCGUUUGAGUUAUUUUCUUGGGUUAGAAGUCUCUUAUGACAGCAAAGGCUAUUAUUUGUCUCAGGCUAAAUAUGCCAUUGAUCUUCUAUGUCGAGCAGGUUUGACAGAUAAUAAAACUGCUAAUACUCCUCUUGAGACAAAUGUGAAACUUUCUCCUACGGAUGGAACAAUUUUGAAGGAUCCAACACUCUACAGGCAGUUGGUUGGGAGUCUUAUUUAUCUCACUGCCACUCGACCAGACAUAGCAUAUGCAGUUUUUUAUAUUGUUAGCCAAUUCAUGGCUGCUCCUUGCACUUCUCACUUUACUAUUGUUCUUCGUAUCCUUCGAUACAUCAAAGGUACAUUGUUCCAUGGUCUUCAUUUUUCUGCUCAAUCAUCACUUGAACUAAAAGCAUAUUCUGAUGCUGACUGGGCUGGAGAUCCUACCGAUAGAAGAUCUACAACUAGCUAUUGUUUCUUUCUAGGAGAUUCGCUUAUAUCUUGGUGUAGUAAGAAGCAAACAAUAGUUUCUCAAUCUAGUACGGAAGUAGAGUACAGGGUACUAACUGACACUACUUCUGAACUUCUCUGGUUAAGAUGGUUAUUACAGAAUAUGGGUGUCUCUCAAUCUAAUGCUACAACAAACAUCUAUUGUGACAAUAAAAGUGCCAUCCAAAUUGCCCACAAUGAUGUUUUUCAUGAACGAACUAAACACAUUGAGAUUGAUUGUCAUUUUGUUCGUCAUCACCUUGUGAGUGGUAAGCUUUGUCUCAUUUCGGUUCCUUCUGCUGAUCAGAAGGCAGAUAUCUUCACCAAAGCUCAUCCACCUAGGCCAUCCAAAUUGUCAGCCAAAUUGGCAAUCAAAGUGUCAUCCCAUGCUACAACAAACAUCUAUUGUGACAAUCAAAGUGCCAUCCAAAUUGCCCACAAUGAUGUUUUUCAUGAAUGA